ACAACAGCUGAGAUAUCUGCUUACCGACAUCAUGGAUCGACAGCUUAUUUCCUUGGCUGUGGCUAUACUUCUGGCUUACGUUGGGCCUGGUAGGGUUGUAGAGGCGGUUCUCACUCCCCAGCAGAUUGAAAACGAGCUAGCGCCACAUGUAGGAAACACUUCACAUACACCACAGUUCAGCCCUAACGAAAUUAGGAAUAGCACCUGUUGGGGACGAGGCGAUGUACGUUACCGUACACUGGACGGUCUGGAGUUCUCCUAUAACACCCCUACUACUAAACGUGGCAUCAUGGUCAUGCCCUGGAGGCUUCUUCCCUGGUGGGUGGUUACGAUUCAAGAAUUCUUUAAUGGGGGACCGAAAACGCGCAUCGAUGAAGUCUACGUUAGGUGUUCAGGCCAAUACUUUAGGGCUGACUUAGGUCAUACUGUGGCAUUGUGGUAUUGGUCCGGGACUGUGUGGGUUGCAAUUCCACCACCACCACCACCACUCAUAUUUGCCGGAGGAGAUGUUACCGUUGGUGCUUUUGCUCCAAGAGGUUUCACAAUAUCUUGCCAUGCCGUUCCAAUGACUGUCAAUGUCUAUCUGCACUCUGUCCGGAUAACCAUGACCCCCUUACACUCCGCCGCUAAUUUAGGAGUACGUGGAAUUUGCGGAGACUACAAUGGUGAUGAGACAAACGACUAUUCUAACCUAGAGCCACUCAUCCUUCCGCUAUGGAAACCUCUCUUGGUACCUCCAUAA